AUGGCGGAGGAGAAGGUGAAAGAUGAAGCGAUGCAGAUAAUCGGAAUGUUUCAAGUUCUUCCGAAACUUGUCGUCUUUGAUCUCGAUUACACUUUAUGGCCUUUUUACUGCGAAUGCCGUUCGAAACGCGAAAUGCCAUCUCUGUAUCCACAAGCAAAGGGUAUAAUGAUUGCUCUGAAAGAGAAAGGAAUCGAAAUGGCUAUUGCUUCGAGAUCUCCAACUUCAGACAUUGCUAACACAUUCAUUGACAAAUUGAACAUUAAGUCCAUGUUCGUCGCCAAGGAAAUAUUCUCAAGCUGGAGUCACAAGACAGAACAUUUUCAGAAGAUACACACAAGAACCACAGUGCCUUUUACUGCAAUGCUCUUUUUCGAUGAUGAAGACAGAAACAUUAAAUCAGUUUCGAAAAUGGGAGUGACAAGCAUUUUGGUGGGUAAUGGGGUUACACUUGGAGCAUUUAGACAAGGGCUUACUGAAUUUUCUCAAAACCAUAACACUGUUGAGAAGAAUAAAGAGGUUUGGCGAAACAAGUAUUCAGGAAAGGCUGCAUCAUCUGAGACUGAUAAAGACUGA